AUGAACUGCUCUGGUCUGUUAAAUCUCCAAAAGGAACCAGUUCCUCUGAAGAGCAUUGAGGUGGAGCUGGAGGUGAGGGACCAUGUGGCUACAGUGGUCUCUACUCUGAACUACGAGAAUAAGGAGGACAAACCAUUAGAGGCUGUUUUUGUCUUCCCUCUGCCUGGAGAUGCUGCUGUCUGUCAUUUCAGUGCUAAGAUUGGACAGACACAGAUUGUAGCUGAGGUGAAGGAGAAACAGAAGGCUCAUGAGGAGUAUGAUGAUGCCCUGAGCUCCGGUCAGCAGGCCUUCCUAUUGGAGGAGAGUGAUCAGAGUCCAGAUAUAUUCUCUCUGAGUGUGGGCAGUCUGCCUCCAGGAGAGAGCGCCUCCAUCAGGUUGGAGUACAUGACUGAGCUGGCUGUGCAGGCUGAUGAUGGUCUGAGGUUCUGUCUGCCUGCUGUGCUCAACCCUCGAUACCAGGCUCAGGAUUUUGAAGGUGCAGGAGUCCAGGUGACUUCUGUUCCAGCCUCUCUGUUGUUCUACCGCCUGUCUUUCUCUGCCCGAGUGUCCUCUCCUCGUCCAGUCUCUAAAAUUCAGUCCAACUGUUCCCUGGACCCUCUCCAGUACCUCAACAUUAAUCAAACCCAGGCCACGGUCAAGUUGGCUGCAGGACACAAGUUUGACAGAGAUGUUGAACUGCUGAUUUAUUACAAAGAUGCCCACCAGCCCACUGCUGUGGUGGAGGCAGGACAGGCCUCUGCUGAGAUGGGCUCUCUGAUGGGUGAUUCAAUGGUGAUGGUGAGUCUGUACCCUGAGUUCCCUCAGUCUGUGAUGUCUUCAAUGGCUUCAUGUGGAGAGUUUGUGUUCUUAAUGGAUCGAUCUGGAAGUAUGAGUAAUACUCGGAUCCGCAGUGCCAAGGAUACUCUGCUGCUCCUGUUGAAGAGCUUACCAAUGGGCUGCUAUUUUAACAUCUAUGGUUUUGGGUCCAGAUAUGAACACAUCUUCCCUAAGAGUGUGGAGUACACUCAGCAGACCAUGGAAGAGGCCCUGAAGAACGUUGAGCAGAUGGAGGCUGAUCUUGGAGGAACAGAGAUCCUGGAACCCCUCAAACAUAUUUACAGUCAGCCGUGCAUUCCCAGUCAGCCUAGACAGCUGUUUGUCUUUACUGAUGGAGAGGUGGGAAACACCAAAGAAGUGAUAGAUCUGGUGAAGAAGAACUCAGAUUCCCACAGGUGUUUCUCUUUUGGGAUUGGGGAAGGGGCCAGCUCUGCUCUCAUCAAUGGGAUGGCCAAGGAAGGAGGAGGUCACGCUCAGUUCAUCACAGGGACUGACAGGAUGCAAGCAAAAGUGAUGCAGUCGCUGCGAUUUGCUCUGCAGCCGACUGUGGUCAACAUCUCAGUCACAUGGGAUUUACCAAAGGAAGUGUCUGUCACUGUCCUCUCUCCACCAAUCACUGCACUUUUCCAGGGUCAAAGGUCACUGAUUUAUGCCCAGCUCACUGGACAGAGCUCAGAGGCAGCAGAGGGCUGUGUGACGGUGAAGUACAGCCUGGCAGGUCAUCCCUCUGAGAACCAGCUGCACUUCAGUCUCAGACCUGCAGAGGACACUGGAUUAACAGUCCACAGGUUGGGUGCUCGUACUCUGAUUCGCUCACUGGAGAUGGAGGAGAGAGAAAGUAGAGGACAGCAAGAUGGAGAACUGAAGAAAAAGUUGGUGCGGCUCAGUGUCCAAUCAGGAGUGAGCAGUUCUUUCACUGCCUUCAUUGCUGUCAACAAAGACAACAGCAGGGUGAUCCAAGGACCUCUUGUGCGCAAAAAUAUUCCGACACCCAUGACACCAAGAUUUGGAUCAGCAUUGCUUGCUCCUCCUAAAAGAAGAAGUGGCUCCCCCAGGGCAAUGUGUUCAAUACCAAAUACGAAUCAAAUGAAGAGAGGUAAUCUAUGGCGUGGGGCUUGUUUCCCCAUGGCAAUGUGUUCAAUACCAAAUACAAAUGAAAAGAAGAGAGGUAAUCUAUGGCGUGGGGAUAGUUUUUGCGAUCGUUCCCUGCAUGACUUUGCGUUGCCCAAGCAACCACCCAGAGACCCUUUCAUGCACUUAGUCUCCCUCCAGAAGGCGUCUGGCUCCUGGCUGCUUGAUCCAGGUCUGGCUACUGCACUGGGAAAGACCAGUCAGCAGGUGGAAAAGAUCAAACCCAGAACGGCCAACUGUGAAGUGUGGGCCACCAUUCUGGCUCUAGUCUGGCUUCAUGCUUUCAAGAUGGAUGCAAAGGAUGAGUGGGAGUUUCUGGCUUUGAAGGCUGCCUCAUGGAUCCAUGCUCAAAAUGCGCCAUGUGUGUCAGAGUGUGUGGAAUCUGGAAAUGUCCUGUUGGGUUGCAGCAUAAAGAAAGAAGCUCUGGGACUCUAGGUUUUCUCGAAGUGGAUUCACCUUCAGGAUUGGCGAAUCAUUCAAUAUGGCUUUUAAUUCAUUUUUGUGCUAUUUACCCUAUUGUAAUUGUUAUAUAAUCAGAAUGAAAAAACAAGCAGUUAUUAUGGCAACUCAUUUAAAUUGUAUGUUUUUAUUCCUGUUUU